CUCCCCUAUAAAACACAGCUAAAUAAAUGCAAUUUCUUUCAAAUUUCAAAUAAACCCAUUAAUUAAGUGGGUGGGUGCUCAACUCCGUAUACUGCUCUCUCUUGUUUUAGAAAAAUGGCCGCCGGCUAUUUCCAUCGGGCGGUACUAAUUGCCGUGGCCACGGCCAUCGCCGUCAUCGCUGGUGGCUGUCAUUCUGUGUGCUCGUACGAACGCCCGCCGGCGAAGGGCCCCGUUUUCGUAUCACUGGCUCAACAUCUCCCCUCCUCAUCUCCACAACAGGUGCACAUAUCACUGGCGGGGAAGGAUAAAAUGAGGAUAACAUGGAUUACAAAAGAUGAUUCUGCCGCCGCCGCGACGGUAGAAUACGGCACAUCUCCGGGAAAUUACACGUUUACUGCAAAUGGGAACACCACAAAUUACAAAUACUUACUGUACAAGUCCGGCGAUAUUCAUCAUGUCGUCAUUGGGCCGCUCACUCCCAGCACUGUCUACUACUACCGCUGUGGUGGCGGUGGCUCUGUCUUAAGCCCUGAGCACAACUUCACAACCCCACCCUCAAGAUUUCCGAUCAAAUUUGCCGUCGUAGGUGACCUUGGUCAAACGGAGUGGACCAAGUCAACCCUUGAGCACAUCGGGAAGUCAAACUACGACAUGCUUUUGCUGCCGGGGGACUUGUCCUACGCUGAUUUCUACCAGCCGUGGUGGGACUCGUACGGCAGGUUGGUGGAGCCACUAGCGAGUCGACGGCCGUGGAUGGUGACCCACGGCAACCACGACGUCGAGAAAAUCCCGGCCGUCCAUCCCGAGUCAUUCACCGCCUACAAUGCGAGAUGGGUCAUGCCCUUCGAGGAGAGCGGGUCCGAAUCGAACCUUUACUACUCGUUCGAGGCGGCGGGAGUACACGUCGUCAUGCUCGGCUCGUACACCGAUUUCGGAAACGAUUCGGCGCAGUUCAAGUGGCUGCAGUCGGACUUGGCGAAAGUGGACCGGACCAGGACCCCAUGGCUGGUUGCACUGGUGCAUGCGCCUUGGUACAACUCCAACAGUGCUCACCAAGAGGAGUACGAAGGCUACGCCAUGAAGGAAUCCAUGGAAGGUUUGUUGUUUCAAGCUAAAACCGACGUCGUCUUCUCAGGUCAUGUUCAUGCCUAUGAGCGCUUUACUCGAGUUUACAAAGACAAAGCCGACGGUUGUGGGCCGAUAUAUAUCACAAUUGGAGAUGGCGGAAAUCGUGAAGGUCUUGCAACCAAGUAUAUGGAGCAACCAAAAAUAUCAUUGUUCAGGGAAGCUAGUUUUGGCCAUGGAAUGCUAGAGGUGGUAAAUGCAAGCCAUGCAAAGUGGACAUGGCACCGAAAUGAAGACGAUGAAGAAAUCACGGCCGAUAGCGUGUGGAUAAGGAGCUUAUCUUCCAGCCUUAAAUCCUGCUAGCUAAUUGGAUGCAAUGAAAUAUAAAUGUGAUAACAUUAAUGUAGUACCAUAUUUUCAUAUUAAUACACUUGCGAUUGAUAGUAUCAUACGUAGUAUUAAUGUAAUUUCUAUAACACUUAUAAGGUCACAAAAAUUGAGAUUCAAU